AUGAGCCUGGCGCGCCGAGAGGCUCUCAUCCGGCUGGCACGCAAGUACAACGCAUUGAUCAUCGCCGACGACGUCUACGACUUUAUCCACUUCCCGACGGAUGCGUCUCCAGCAGACUCAUUCAAACACAUUCUACCGCGGUUAGUCGAUAUAGACCGCACGCUCGACGGCGGCCCCGUCGAUGAUUUCGGGAACUGCAUGAGCAACGGGAGUUUCAGCAAGAUCGUCGGUCCCGGAUGUCGCGUUGGCUGGGCAGAGGGGACGCCUGCUUUUGCAUAUGGGCUUUCGCAGGCAGGCUCAACGCACUCCGGCGGCGCCCCCUCACACAUGAUGUCGACCUUUAUCAACGAAAUGCUCGAACCGGCUGGUGACGACACCUGCGCUAUGACGAGGCACAUCGUGGACAAGCUCAUCCCCGCCUACGCAAGACGACACUCCCUCCUUACGACCGCAAUCAAGGAACACCUCAGUCCCGUCGGUGUGAUUUCACCCAUCGAGGACAAGUACCACGUUGCCGGUGGUUUCUUCUUGUGGCUGCGGCUACCUCCCACGCUAACCUCCGCCGAGGUUGUGGCUGCUGCGCGGCAGGAUGGCGUUGUGAUCGGUGACGGGGCAGUGUCGGCCUUACCAGAGGGUAACUCGCGGUGUGGGACGUAUGGGGAUAUGAUCCGGUUAUGUUUUGCGUGGGUAGAUGAGGGGCAGUUGGUAGAGGGCGUGCGGAUUCUGAGGGAAACAAUUGCGCGGUUGGGUGGGAAGGUUUGA